GAUGAUGAUGAUGAACAAGCUAUCAAGCAAUUCAAAAAAGGCAUCAUUAUGCAGAAUGGGAGAUACCAAGUACGAUGGCCGUGGAAGGAUUCAUUACAAAAGCUGAGCAAUAACUACGGGAUGUGUUUGGGACGUUUAAAAAAUCUAGUCAAACGUCUCCAAUUCAAAGCAAUUCUUCCUCUAUACGACGAAACAAUAAGGACCCAGCUGAAGAACGAAAUAAUCGAAGAAGUAGAUUCAAACGAUGAAGUUGGGUUCAAUACAGAAAUCACUAUAGAUUCUAAAGAAAUUGAACAAAUGGCUAAUUUCGCAGGAUUUGUCGUAUAUGAUGCUGUCACGGGAGCCUCAGGAACAUUAAGCAAAGCAGGCUUGGCACCUCGAGUUGAUUAUUUGGGGGAGUUACUCAAGAAACCAACAAUUGAGAUCAAGUCUUAUUGUGACAAUCCAGAGGGUUUCGAACUUGCCCGAUCCAUCUUGAGUGGAAAUAUUCCUCCCACAACGGAGUCUGAACUAGCAACUGCCUACAUAGCAAAAGUCAUGGAAUCUGUCACCGGAACAGUCGAGGAAGAUUGGAAGUCCUACUCCGUGGUCAUUGGAUAUAAAGGAGAGAAGAUCACACCCUUGUCUUUGUUGGAUGUCAAAAAGGUUGAAGGAGAAAUUAAAGGUCAGAGAGUUGAUACAAUGGAGCAGGUGAACGAAUUGGCUGUUGCUGCUAAAGCUUUAAUGGUUUAUCGGAUGGCCCAUGCUCCCGUAAAUCAGACAGGUUACAAGACUGAGUUAGGUCGUAGACUAGGGGAGGUCUUCAUGAUGCCACCAUUCAAUCUUGAAGCAACUGCAGGGGUUAUGAAUGUACCACACUGGAUCCAAGAUCCAAAUUAUUGCAUGCUGGUAGCAGCUGUAGACAUGUUUUUUCGCAAAUUUACCAAUCACAAACUUGAAAAACUCCGGGCAUGCACGUUGGGAAGUUUUAUGAAAGACUGUGUAAUGUUAACAUCUCUCAAUCAAGCUUCCCAGGCCUUGGGAUUAAAACCAGCCAUUCUGGUUCAGUACAUCUACAGCCCGCAGGUUGCAGAUGAUGUCCGUAGAAUCAUUGGUGGACCACCCACAGAAGAGAAAAAUGAAGAUUUUAGCUACUUCUAA